UUUUUAUAUUUAAAAAAAAAAAUCUCAUUCGGACAUAUUUUGGGCGGGGCAAAUCCUCUCACUUCGCCUCUUCCUCGCUUGUCCCGUAUACCAUCUAGUCAAACCCCGAGUUUAAGCACAGGGGUUUACCACCGUAAUGUCGGAAACGUAAAGUUAACCUAUUUAGCAAGACGUAUUCUGAUUCGCCGCUCAAUGCAAACCUGUGCGUGAUAAACCAAUCAUUUAUGUUCUCAUUGGUCGUUGACAGCAACCAACAUACACAAUCAGAGAUAUUAGAAAAGGAUCUCUGACACAAUAAACAUAUCGAGAGGUAUCAAUGUUUAGCUAGGAGUUUGGGGAAACUGGACAAUUAUUACCUAGCAAUGUUUCUCACCAAAUAACUUUGCUAACCAAGAUUUAUGUAUAUCGUUCAGCCAGUUCAAUGACAACUGUCAGCUAAAAUGAAUCUGGGGGAUGGUCUGAUGUUCGAACUUGAAAAUGGAAAGCCCAGGCUAAUUCUAACCAAUCAUCAUGGUGUUGAUACGAAGAAUCCAAAUAAGAUACUCUCUCGAACCAGACCACAAAAUGCUCUCAACUCAAAGAAGUUUCCCGAACCAGUAUCCGAGGAGCCUCUGAGAGUACAGAGGAAACGUGCAGAGAGGAGGAAGGCAGUCCCUAUUACCCACACCGUGCCAGUCAAGAAUGACACUCCAAUGGUUGCAUCCAAUCAUACAAAACCAAAGGCCAAGGGCAGCACUGACCACAAUACCAAAGCCUUGGCCAAAGUGUCUUCAGCUAAAGGACAUGGGCAGAUAGCCACCGAUAGACCUCCAAAGUCCACUGUGAAGGACAGCUUGGUCUGUUUGACCAAUGAGCAGCUCCAACAGAUCCUCAGCACAAUCAACAACUCAACCAUUCGCUCACAGGAUCAGGAUGUACACAGCCAGCCUCAAACAGGAAAUGAAGGGAACUCUAAAGAGGAUUGCCUGUUGACUGGAACGGGGAGAAAAGGAAGUGCUGCACAUGUUAGUGGGAAUGGAAACUCACAGGGAAAAAGCGAGGAUGAAAGGUGGGUGAUUUGUGGUCAACCAUCUGGCCUGUUCAGUUCUCUGGGAGAAAGAGAGAUGGACAAAGAAGCACUGGAGGCCAAGAGGACACAAUGGAGGAAAGAACUAGACGAACAGAUGGCUCUGAAGAAACAGCAGAAAGACCUGAGCAGACCAGAUGUCACGGCAGACUAUGGCCCAAGGGGAAGGGUGACCAUCACAUCCAAACUUGGUCCUGGAGAUGGUCACAUACACACCAGGAUGCUAGGAGGACCCGGUCUGGAGGACACAGACACACUGUGCUCCACUCAGAGCUACAGCAGUCACAGAGACCUCCCUUCUGCCAUCAGAUCUGCCUUCGUAGUGGGGGAGGCCACCCCAGUAGAACAUGCCUUCAGCGCUCAGAAGAAGGAGCAUCACAGGAGGUGGCUGCAGGAUCUGGACCGGCAGAGGGAGGAGGACAAGCUGCGACACCGGCAGGAGAAACAGUAUCACAGCCAAGCUGAGGACCAUGAGCGCUGGGCCAUGCACUUUGACUCCCCCCAGAUGAGAGUCCCUCUCCAGGCCCCCGUGGCUGCAGAGAGGGGUGAGUCAGAGCCCCUCAGUCAGAGGACCCAUUUAGGAGCCCUGUCUGUGGCCUGGGACGGAGCCAGCACCUACGGAGGGAGCAGUCUUGGGAGAGCCAGCGUUGACAUCACUGGAGGCUUCCCACAAAAGGCAAGCCAUCUCCGUACCAUGACGGCCCUACUGGACCCAGCCCAGAUCGAGGAGAGGGAGAGGAAGAGAGUGAAACAGCUGGAGCAUCAGCGUGCCAUCGAGGCUCAGGUGGAGGAGAGGAGGAGGCAGCGUGAGGCGGAGGAGGCCGUUCGCCUGGCUGUGGAGCAGGAGGAGGAGAGGAGGGUGGCGCAGGAGAGAGAGCUGCUACAGAAACAGUACCAGCUCGACACUCAGAGAAAGAGACACACAGAGGAGCAGCACAGUCGUAAGCAGGAGGAGCUUUACCUGAGUGUUCAGCGGGCCCAGGAGGAGGCCCUGAAGGACAAGCACCAGCAGAGGAUCAGAGAGCUGGCCAGGAAGGGACACGACGUCUCCAAGCUGCAACACUCUCUGGAGGGUGAACCUGUCUCCUCACGCGUCUUUAACACCAGCUCAGGACCAUACCACUACCAGACAGGGACAGGAAGGGAGAUGGACACCCUGAGAGAAGAGACUUGCAGCACCGCCUCCCUUAGGAAGGACAUGGCAGUGAAGACUGAGGUGAACCCAGCAGUCAGGCCGGGCUGCACGUACACAGUGGAGGCUCUAGGUAAUCGAAGCCAGGCGGUGCAAACCCCAGACAUCCCUGUAGAGUACAGACCUCCUCCUCCCAACGCCAAGAGGUGCAGGCGGGAGGCCAGGCAGGAAGCACAGCUGGCUCAGAGGAACCCUCCUGGCCCCAGGGCGGGGAAGGAGAACGUUUGGCUGAACGACCUGGGAGGAGGAGUAGGAGAAGGUGGUGCAGGAGACGUGUACGAGGCCUUUGCCCGGACAGACCAAGGCCAGGGCCAGAGACACAGGGGAGGAGGUCGUAGGCCAGAGUGGAACACUCAGAGACCCAGUAAACCCUAUGUCCCGGCAUCAGAGCGCUACCCUGCAGGGCUACAACACACCAGGCAGGAGAGCCGCCUCCGCAGGCAGAUGGAACUCAUGACCAUGAUGGAGAGAAACACCAUAACCCCUCACCCCCCUGACCCCAAACCUGACCUCAGGCCUGCUGACCCCUCGCCACCACAAGCCAACUACCCUGCUAGCACUGCACAGGGCAGGAUAAAGAAUGGCAUCACAGGUGUGACACACGCCAUGGCUGUUCACACUGGAAGAGUUCCCCCCAGAUCCCCUCCAGUUCCUGCUAUCAAACACCGCCUUCAGAACCAGUCCCGUGGCUCCCGCCUCCCGACACAGGCCCAUGGUUCGCUCCAGGACACAGACCGCUCCCCUCCCCCCUCGGAGUACAUCCCCUAUCUGAGGACCGACGAGGUGUACCACAUGGAUCCCCGUGCCCCCAUCUCCAGACCCUCCACACAUCCACAGACACACACAGAUGGGGUCCAGUGCAGGCCCAUUAGCCCUCCCCACCAGAAGGACCCUCUGCUCCACCCAGAGCUGCUUAGGAACACAGAGAGACAGCAGGCCAUACUGAAGAGCCUCUCAAAGCUACGGCAGGGUUUGUUGCAGAAGCAGAAAGAGCUGGAGACAGGACUGAACCCUGUAAUGAUUGUUACUGAGGACCACCACUGACCUCCUCAACACGUGACCCACAGCCUCACGUCUAAAGGCACAUAGACCUAGUAAACACUCAGGUUGUACAACUGAUGUAAAAUUGACAAAGGUUUGUGAUAGCAUUGUUGUGUUGAAUGUGCUGUAUCACCGCAGUGUGCACUAGGUCAUUCUGAACUGGAACAUACAGCACUUUACCAUUUAUGAUUGAACCGACAUCUUAGUUUGUGAAGAGUAUUUAAAUUUUAAGCAAAUGUUGGCACUUUACUGACCACAUGGGUUUGAAGAGUAUUGUAGGUAUUAUACAGAAUGUAAUGGCCUGUGUGUCAGUGGCUAUGAUCGUAGUGUUGGUAUUUGAUCACUUGGUAUGUAGUGGUGCUUUUGCAGCCAUAGAAUAGAGUACGACAGUAUGAGUCAUAAUACCCAUAAAGCCUAGCGGUCCAACAGGGAAAUGGGUCCAUAGGGGAUUUUAGAAACAGUUCAAAAGGGCUGUGUUUCGUGUAGUCUCACCAUGGCGUGACGUUUUGAUAAUCAUGUAAAACUCUCGGACAAGGACUUUAUCAAUAUAUUCUCCUGUAUUUACCCCCCCAAAAUGAAAUGCUAAUUAGCUGCCAUAAGAGUACAAAUGCCAUGAUGAUCUGGACCAGACUGUUGAAUUUAAGAAUCUUUGGAUUAACUGUUAACUAAAUGUAGUAAUGAAUAAUUUGGCUACAUUUGGACUAUUCUGUGAACUGUCUUGAAUUGACAAUACCGGUUAGCAAAAGUGUGAGCUAGAUGACGUGCAGGAGCUUAGGAAUAUAUUGAAUCACUUGAUAUGAUGAUGAUCGGAGAGGGGGGGGGUGUAAAUGUAUAAGACCCUGUAACUGGUAAUAUGUUCCAAGUCAGAGCGAUUUGUCUACAUUGAUACUAACGAGUAUUGUUUUUGAAGUCCCCUUGUCCAAGAGAGAUUUACAGUUAAACGUCAUGGCAGGGUAAACCUACACGAAACACAGCCCUUAUUUUAAGUGUUUCUAAAAUCCCAUAUGGGGGAAAAAGGAACGGAACCGCUAGGUGUUAUGGGUAUUCUGACACUUCCAGUCUGGGGCUCUGUUACUAGUUUAUUUACAAGCUUUGAAGGGACUUUCAUCUAAUUACCAUGUGUAUAAAUUGUUAUUUAAAAUGUACUGUGUUGUGUGAAUAAAAGUUUUUUUUAUUUUUUA